AUGAGUGGGGGUUGGGCCGGCGGAUCAACCAUGGAGGUCACGUUGACCAACACCGAGUCGCAGCCCAAGCAGGGGCCCCAGCCCCAGAUCGCAUUCGCUUCGGCGCUUGCCGACGAAUGCGAAACCAUCGAACAAGGCCCGGUCAAGUUCCACUGUGAGGACGUCCUUGGUUUCUGCAAGAUCGACAACGGCGAUUGGUCUGCUGCCUACGCCUUCGAUGCAUACCAUAUCAUAUGCCUGUGUGACGUAGCUUUCGAUUUACCGUCGCUCACCCAGACAUGCCACGAUCUCGAUCUGAAGGGGGUCAUGAUCCACGAGCUCUCACACUUGUCCCGCGUAUUCAACCCGGACACCCACGACUACGCAACCGGGUGGCCUAAUGCAGCCAACUUGCCAGUGGACAUGGCAACCGAGAACGCGGACACCCAGGGCUUGCUCAAACUGCACGGCCCCUACCUUGCGGCCUAUGACCCCUGUUCCAGCGUCAUUGCCAUCGCAUCACCCCCAACUCAGACCAUCCUUUUGUACGACGUGCGCAAUUUCGACAAGCCACCGUUUGCGAUUUUCGACAAGUCCAGCGCCGCGAGCCAGCUCGAUCCCGAGCUGGUAGCCCAGAUAACGGAAGAAGUGAGGAAGCAAGUCUGUCUGGUGGUGUCGUUUUGGAAGAUCAAGACCUCGACGAUGAGGCCGCCUCCUCUCCCGCGCAAUCCCACGACGGCUUUUCACAGCUUCGUGCGACGCUUCUUCAUGCAGUCCGCACAGGAGCCCAGCAACAGAGCCGAAUGGGAGGCGUUCUUCCUGUUCGAGGUCUACCGCGACUUUCUGCUCCGACCCAAGUCCUACAACAAGUACCACAUGACGCCCGUGCAAUGGGUCUACCUACGUCACUCGUUGAACAUGCUUGGAUCAUCUGAGCUCUAUGUCUUCGUCGACAUCGCGUUCCAGAUGUUCUCCUUCGACUACGACAUCCCCGCUCGCACCAUGGCGAUCCAAUGCCCGAGCAACUCGCAGCAGCGCUUCUCCUACUACCUCGUCCUUACUAUCCACGAGCAGCUCUGUAUGGCCCAGCACCGCCUGCCCGGCUACCGCGACCGCAUCCAAGAUUACGAUGCAAGCGACGAUUUCCCCCAGCGCCACGCCACGUGCGGCCUCAUCGCAACCAUGGGUGACGACCGCAUCAUCGCCAACGACCUUAUCAUUGCGAUCACUGAUGUCUUCGACUGGGACUUUCCGGACCGCACCAUCGAGCCCAUCCCCGGCUUCCCCGCCACCGUCGAUGACUUGGACCGUCUCACCGCCAAUGCUGUCGACACAGUUUUUGAUCACCUCGAUAGCAAGCGCGAUGGUCUGCUGUUUGAGAGGAAGGAGCGCCUCAAGUCCAUCAUUGGCUUGGUCAAGAACGCUCCAGGCGUGGCAGAUGCUUCAAAUUGGACCGUUCCUCUUCUGGGCCGCACCGAGAAGCUCGCCGAGUCCUCCCCGCUGUCUGUCUACCCGACCGCCGCCGACGCCCUGUCCCACAAGAUCUCGCGCCAGAUGGCCGUCUUCGGCGCGCUCGACGAGGAACGCCGCAUGGUGCGCCGCCAGCGGGCCGGUGUCGACGGCACCUUGGACCGCGAGAUGUUCGUGCGCAAGGCGCCGGCGCAUGGCUGGAUCGAGAUCGUCCGCAGGGAGCGGAUUGAGGGAUACGACAAGAACCAGUUUUCCUCAUCCCACCGGACGCAAGCUUCAUCCUUGGAGACUGCACGCGUGGCAAGGACCUCGAAAAUGCUGUUCAGUACAUGCAUGCAAAGUCUAAGUCUCGUGAAGGAUUCUAUGUGGAGUGGGCCUUGUGCGCGCGCCAACGAGCCGCGCUUCCUCCACCCGACCUUCACCGACGACCGCAUCCUCACCUGCGCCUUCGGCCACGCCUACCACGCGGUCUGCCUGGAGAUCGAGAUCAACAGCCCUCGCAGCGACGACCGCGUCUUUCAGGACCGUUGCCCGCAGUGCCGCCGCCGCCUCUUCGCCGACACAGCGCGGAUGUCUUGGGUAGAGAGAUUGAUGAAUGCAUCGUUGGGUGGAAAGGGAUUGGGGACUCGAUGGAUACCAGUGGCGAGGGGUCUUAUGUAG